UUUACCUAGUCGUCAACAUUUAGACUCACCAUCGUUCUCCCUUCGUCGGUGUUCGUGCAAUCAAUGCCUAUCACGCAAGGUCGUUCUAUUUCGUGUUUCUUCCAGUUGUCGUUGCGCACAAACUCGCACCUCCGCCCUCUACUCACUCCAAUCAAUUGUUCCGAAUAUAAAACACACACUUGCAAUCCAAAAUUCUUCAAUCAGAAAGUACCCCAGAAACUAAUCUUGCUCUUGAGAAGAUUAGAAGGCCUUUAUAUGAAAAGCAUCCCAUGAGCAAAUUUGCAUGGACAAUAGCUGAAGACACUGAUACUAUGGAAUGGUACAACAUCUGCCAAGAUGCCCUAAGAAAAGUCAAUGAAUCGUAUCAAGGAAAAGAGACUGCUGACAUCAUUCAAAACAAAGUUUUGCAGGCUCGAGAGGAGGAUGAGGAGAUUGAAUUCAAUUGUGCUAAUUACCAGCUUGAAAUAAUGAGAUGCUUGAGAGAACUCAAUGUUAACAACACUAUUGGAUGGAUUGGAACAUCAAAUAUUGGAGGCUGGAGCAGAUAUUUGGGUUACUUCAUCUUACCAGAUUAGCUCUGCUAUUGGUGGUACUUAUUUUAGCUCAUGAAUUGGAGGUAGUAGAGGAUGCAGAAUGCAAGUUUAUUUGAAGCCAAGUUUCAUUCAAGGUCAUUGAGUUCGGUUGAUAGAAGUAAUGUUUUGUAUAUGACAAUAUCGAACAAAUAUGUAAAGUUUUCGAAAUGUUGAUACAUAUAUGGUAAAAUGUUAAUAUAUGUUAAAGUUUUGGAAUUGUUCUA